UGAACUCUACAGCCAGCCUGUUGGACAUGAACUUCACAUCCCAGAUGUCAGUUGGAGGUGGUGGCUAUCCUAAAGACAGCUUUAGCACCGCCUUGACCAAGAACAUUGUGGCCAUUCUGGUGUGGCUGGCCCUAAGUUUUAUCAACGGAAGUAUGGUCCACACCUUCCUCAAGCAUAACUUUUUCUAUGAGGACCCGCGCUACAUCAUGUUCAUCUAUAUGGUCAUAAAUGACGCCCUGCAGCUCACCCUGGUCACGGCACUGUACGUAGUCAGCUACAUUUUCUUCAAGAUCCAUGCUUCCGUGUGCUGCCUGCUGGUGAUGACUGCAGUUUUGACCACACGCUCCACCCCUCUCAUAUUAGCCGGUAUGGCCGUGGAGCGCUACCUGUCUAUCUGUUUCCCCUUACACUACGGGCACACAUGCACGGUGUCACGCACCAUUGCCCUCAUCGUGGUCAUCCUGUUCUUAACGGUGGCCGUGCCUCUCACUGACCUCCUGGUCACACUCAUCAAGGAGCCCCUGGGCUUCUUUCGCACCUCCAUCUUCUGCGAUCACUCCUUCAUCUUCCGGGACCGCUCCAUCUACUACAAGAACGCUGUGUUUGACAGCAUCUAUUUUUCCUUUGUGACGCUCACGCUGCUCUACACUUAUUGUAAGAUCAUGCUAACGGCACAUGCUGCCUCCACGGACCUGGUGUCCAUAAAGAGGGCAAGGAAUACAGUGCUACUCCACGGGGUGCAGCUGCUGCUGUGCAUGCUGGCUUUUGUAGUCCCCUCUCUGCAAGCAGCCCUCAUCGCUCUCUUCCCACAGUUUGUCCUGGAGAUCCGUUACAUCUUUUUCCUGCUGGUCUACAUCAUCCCACGAUUCCUCAGCCCCAUGAUCUACGGUUUCAGGGACGAGAAGUUCCGCAAAUACUGGGCAAGGAACCUGACGUGUCGUAGGAACAAUAUAUCUAGAUUGUGGCCAGCUAUGAAAGUGAAUCUCAAGUUCAGACGGACCUAUAGAUCCAACGAAAUCGGCAUGAUAACCGGAAGGAGUAAAAGGCAUAUUAAGAGACAUUUCCUUGCAUUCCAGUGGACAUAUCAACUACCCCUGGAUUCUUGAGAAUGUUUACAUUCAUCCCCUGAUAGUGUAAUAACAGGGCUGCCCAACCCCGGUUCCCGGAGAGCUACCUUUUUGUAGAUUUUCGCUUCAUCCCAAAUCUAGCACGCCUUAUUCUAAUAAUUUAAUUGGUUGAUAAACUGAAUAGAACAGGUUUGGGCAGCCCUGGUGUAGUACAACUGUGUUACCCUACCAUAACCUAAAAUGUAAGUUUACUACAACAUUCUUUAUGUUUUCAUUGUCAUUGAGUCUUUAUUAAUAAACCAUGUAAAGCUUUGAAAUAUAAUGCUAAUCCUUUAACAUUGUUUGUACAGAUCCAGUUAAUCAAAUUUGGUUCAAUACCAUGGAACAGUGUCACGGAACAAUGUAAUGUCAUUCAUCCAUAAAGAAACAAAACCACUGUAUUCCUUCCUAGUGACAACAAGCCACUAUUAAAGGCAGCUUACUGUGAUCAGGGCUGCAGGUCUUUUUGUUUCUUCAUGUACAGUUUACUAACAACCAGGACCUACUAAUUUAUGUGAUGCCUGUAUAA